AUGUUUAGAUUAAUACCAAGAUUAAAACCAAUAAUACCAUCAAUAAAUCGUAUUUCUUUGUCCGUUAAACCACAACCAUCAACUUCACAACAUUGUCACACAUUGCGAGCUUUCCAUACAUCACCAAUUUCCCUUCAUGGACACCUCAAAAAACCUAAUCCAGGUGAAGAAUUGCAUAUUACAUUUAUAACUAAGGAUGGCAAACAAUUAACUUAUGAAGUUGCUGAAGGUGAUAAUAUUUUGGAUAUAGCACAAGCACAUAAUUUGGAUAUGGAAGGAGCUUGUGGUGGUUCAUGUGCCUGUAGUACAUGUCAUGUUAUCGUUGAUCCGGAAUAUUAUGAUAGAUUAGAAGAACCUGAUGAUGAUGAAAACGAUAUGUUGGAUUUAGCAUUUGGAUUGACAGAAACUUCUAGAUUAGGAUGUCAAGUUAAAAUGACUAAAGAAUUAGAUGGAAUUAGAGUGGCAUUACCGGCUAUGACUAGAAAUUUGCAGUCUCGAGAUUUUAAUUAA